UUUGAGUUGUAGUGGUGGCACUGAUUUUUAGUGAUAACCUUCUUUUGAAAACGUUGUGAAAUCGUAAAGGUGUGUGUAUUUUUUUUAAUCGCUUGGACCAUCGUAGAAAAUGGCAAAGUCAAAGAAUCACACAAAUCAUAAUCAAAGCCGAAAAGCACAUCGUAAUGGAAUCAAAAAACCAAAACGUUACCGUCAUGAAUCUACCUUAGGCAUGGAUGCUAAAUUCUUAAGAAAUCAACGAUUUGCCAAGAAACAUCAAUUAAGUCCAGAAAAACAAAAGGCAAAAGCUGAUUUCCGUAAAAAUUUGAAACUUAAAAGUAAAACUGGAUCUAAAAAACCAGAAGUAGCCGCUAAGAAAUAGAUUUUGUAAUUAUGAUUUAUAUCUAAUAAUAAAAAAUUGUACAAAAAUUAA